AUGAAACAAGAAGAUCGUCGAAUGGUGGAAUUUAGACAUAUUCAAUUAAACCCGCGUCAAGAAAGAAAAUGGCAACAUCAAUUAGAAAUUAGAUCUAAAAAGAAGAAAGAUUUAAUAAUUCCAGAAGAAUUUACUCAGAAGAAAGUAAAAUUAUUACAUACAAGUCCUCAAUACUUAAAUGAAUUUGCUGAAAAAGCUGAAUUGCUUGGAAUUAAUCGACAACAAUUUGAAGAAGAAUUUUAUAAAGUUCCAGCCUCUCAACUUCCUAUGGGAUUAACACCUGCAUUUUCUGUUGAUUUUAUAAAUUAUAUGACAUAUCGAGAUAAUGUUGUUUUGAGUGAAGAAGAAAAAUGUAUUCCAAAAUUACAACAUCAAAAAGAACAACUUUUAGAAAAUCAAACACAAUUAGAAAUAAAUAUUCAAAAAGCAAAAGAAAGUCAUAAUGAAUUGUGUGAAAGAAUUACUUCAAAACACAAUUUAUUUGAAAAGUUAAAAUCUGUUUUGCAUUCUAUUUCGCCUUCAUUAAUUAAAGAAGAAACAAAUAAUAGAAGACAAUCUUUAUUGAAACCAGAGAAUUGGAAUAAAGCAGUGAACAGUAUUUCGAGACUGAGUGCUGAUUCAACAAAUAUGUAAAAAAAAUUUUAGUUUUUAAACCUAGUAACAGGGGGAGAUAACCGACAGUACCGAUGGCUUUUUAGCCUUUUAAAAUUCUAAAAAUUGUGCCCGCGACGCUAAAAUGAGGAGCCUUGUUCUGAAAUUCUGCAUAAUGGAGCGAUUCCAAAAAACUUAGCUCCGGUUUUGAGUCCAGAUUUGAACAGGUUCGGAGCCGAAGCCAUAAAACUCG